UGCUUAAAUAUAUACAAAUAUAUAUAGAUAUAUAAAUAAAUACAUAAAUAUAUGUAAUUAAAGUGAGUUGAAAUUGUGAUUUUAUUUAGAUCAAUACUUAAGUGUUAAAGGUUAUUUAAUUGUUAGUGAUAAAAAUAUAUAUUAUUAUUAUUAUUAUUGAUAAUAGCGCGAGCAAUAGCUGAGUGUCUAAGUCUUAAUAAAUUAAAAUGUUAUCAAUAGUUACUUUUUUUUAUAACUAAUUUUAAUUAAUGCAAAAGGUACCUGGUGAUUGGAAUAUUUUUUACUGCCUGUGUGAAUAAAAUCUUUCAAGAUUGAUAAGAAGGGGAAAUUGUUAGAGAUGGAUGUGGGAGUUGUUAAGAUCGCGGAGGAUAAAGAUUUUGAAAAAUUAAAAAAAUUGUAUGAUGAUAAUAAUGAUUGGAAGCUGGAUUAUAAUAAGCCAGACUUGUCUGUGUGGACUAAACAUGUGCCGGGAAUUAGUUUUAAGAUGAUUAAGAUAAGAACAAGAUACCCUGAUGUCGAACCAGAAACACUCUACGAUGUGUUACAUGAUCCAGAGUAUCGAAAAGUAUGGGACACACACAUGAUUGAGUCCAGAGACAUUGGAUUUUUUAAUCCUAAUAACGAUAUCGGUUAUUAUUCAAUGGCCUGUAUAUCACCAUUAAAAAAUCGUGACUUCAUUUUACAAAGAUCCUGGUUAGACACUGGGAGAGAACAACUUAUUCUUAAUCAUUCAGUGUAUCAUAAAGAUCAUCCACCGCGAAAACAUUUUGUACGAGCUACCUCUUAUUUAACAGGAUAUAUCGUGAGACCAUCACGCAAUGGAGAUGGUGUAGAACUAGGAUAUGUUUCCCAUACAGAUCCUCAUGGUAAAUUACCAGUAUGGCUUGUUAAUAAAAUUACACAAAUAUUUGCACCAAAGAUGGUUAAAAAAUUACACAAAGCAGCAGUCGCAUAUCCGGAAUGGAAAAAAACCCACAAUCCAAAUCACAAACCCUGGCAUUAUCCCGAACAGAUAAUGGCGCCCAGAAUACGCGUUGAAGAUUGUAUAAAAUCAGUUGAAGAAAAAAAUAUGAAAAAUAGUUACGUUGAUGAGUCACAUUUAAAAGAUCAAUUAGCGAAAGAAAUGAUGAUUAUGGACAGUGAUUAAUUGAUUUUAUUUUACAAUUAAUUAAUCAUAUUAACUUGUUAUUUAUUAUGAUUAUCUAGCAAUCAUAAAGAAAAAAAAUUAAGAAAAAUAGAAUGCAGUAUUUCAGCCUAAUUAUUUAAUUAAUAUAUUAAUUGAUUAAUUCAUUAAUUAAUUAGUGUAUUAAUUAAAGUAAAUGCAGUAUAUGUUAUCUAGUAAAUACUUGUGAUUAACGAAGUGCUAUUUACAACAAAAGUAUAAAAAAAAGUGUGGCCUGUUAUUUUUAUUGUUUAAUUUUUUUUUAAUUUAUUUAUGCAUUUAUUAUUAAAUUUUGAAAAUUAAUGCCAAAGUAAUUGUAAUUUGAUAUUUAUUAAAUAAUAUUUUACCGUGAAACGAGGUUAGAAUUUUUUAAAUCCGCUAGAUGGCAGCGUACUGUUGCUGCACUUGCCAAAGGCUCGUGCAAACUUAAAUUUUCAAUUGCUGUUAUCUUUUAAACUAUCAGAUAUAUAAAAUUUUUUAUUAAUUACUUUUUAUAGAGAAUUAAAUUCUCUACAAAUAUGCCCUCUGUUAAAUUUUAAAUAAAAUCGAUAGUUUAGAAGAUAUUCAAUAAAAUAAAUUUUUUUACCGUGACCAGGAUUCUUACCUGUAUUUUGACGUCUCCAUAAUUAAAAUUUUACUAAAAAUAAUAAAUUGAUAAUUAACUUUAUUUCACGGUAAUAAAAAUAUAAAUCUAUAUCAUAGAAAAUAAAAAUAUCGCACGAAAAUUUUUUACAUAUCUGCACACCAAGACCGGUCUAUUUGAAAAAAAUAAAAUAAAAUAAAAAAAAAACAUUGUCUCUUUUUAUUAAUUAUCUACUUAUCUAUUUAAUUAUUUACUUGAUUAAUUAAUUGAUAAUAAUUACUAAUAAAUAAGUAAAAGUAAUACUUUUUUUCCGCACAAAAUUUUUUAUCAAAAAUAAUAAAUUCUACAUCUAAAUGUACUUAUAUAAAUAUAUAUUAUUAAUAAAAAAUAUGUGAGGUUAAUUAUUAAUAAAGUAAAUAAAAGGCUUCGUGAUUUUUAGCGUGCAUUGUUCUUAUUAAAUUCAAUACUAAAAUAUUUUAAAAAUAAUAACAAAAGGGCUGUGUAUACAAUAACGAUCAGAACAGAAAGACUUUUUGAUAAAAAACUAACCAAAUAAUCAAUAAAAGUAAUUAAAUUGAAAUUAAAAAAAAAUCAAAAGUAAAAUUUAUAAUAAACUGAUAAAAUAGCACAAAGUUAAAUAAUUAUUAUUGUUAAUAAUUUAAUGUUUAUUAAAUAAAUGGGAAUGCAUUAAAUUUAAAUGCUUAUAAAUGUGAACUGCAUGAGCACACUAAUCAAAUAUAAAUAUAUAUUAAUCAUUUAAUUGUUAUAUUUAUAAUUAAUUAUUAAAUAUUAAUAAUAGUUAUAUUGUAUUUAAUAAGUGUUAAUAAUAAUUCAUUGUUUUUUUUUAAAUCUUUAUUUGAAAUGGCGGGAAUCCGCUAGAUGGCAGUGUGCUGUUACUGCGCUAGCCAAAGGCUCGUGCUAGCAACAGACGUUUAAAUUACUGGUAUCUUUUAAACUAUUGAAGAUACAUUAAAUUUAAUGGAAUACUUUUGUGUAGAUAAUUCAAUUCUACAUAAAUAAGUAUUCUAUUAAUUUUUUCAUAUAUUCAAAUUUUACAGAUAUAUUUGCUAUGGAAAUUUUAUUAAAUAUAAAGUGAUUAGAUUUUUGGCGGUAAAUUUAAAUUGUAUCUUUUAAAUUAUCAGAAAAGAAAACUUUAAUUAAUUAAUUAAUUUUUUUAUAAAUAAUUACGAUAAAAGUUAAUAGUAAGCAUGAGUAUGUUACAUGUUUGCUACACUAGCCAAUGGCUUGGGUAAAAAAUUUAUUUAAUUACUAUUAUACUGUUAUUGUUUAUCGCAAUUAUUAAUUGAAAAUAGUAAUGUCAAGUCGAAAAAAUGUUAAAUUGAUGAAUGUAUUCGCAUUAAACCAUAAAAGAAAAGUGAUAUUUCACAAACCAAAAAAAUUAUUGCACCCUGUAUAUAUAUAACAUUUAUUAAAAAUUUCAUUGUUAAAAAA